CUUGCCGGCGCUGUCCGCGAGCCCUUAGCUCGCGAGCCCUUAGCCGCGAGCCCGGGAGCCCGCGUGACGCGGGGCGGACGCGGGCGGCCGGGCCUCCGGAGCACGCCAGGCUCGGGGCGGGGCGGGCGAGCGCCGGGGCUUCGCGGGGCCCCCGCGGGCAGCCCCGGGCUAGGAUGGCGACCCCGGACCAGAAGUCGCCGAACGUCCUGCUGCAGAACCUGUGCUGCCGGAUCCUGGGCAGGAGUGAAGCCGACGUGGCCCAGCAGUUCCAGUAUGCCGUGCGAGUUAUUGGCAGCAACUUUGCCCCAACUGUUGAAAGAGAUGAAUUUCUAGUAGCUGAAAAAAUCAAGAAAGAACUUACCCGACAGAGAAGAGAAGCAGAUGCUGCAUUAUUUUCAGAACUCCACAGGAAACUUCACUCACAGGGAGUUUUGAAAAAUAAAUGGUCAAUUCUCUACCUCUUGCUAAGCCUUAGUGAAGAUCCUCGCAAGCAGCCUAACAAGGUUUCUAGCUAUGCCACGUUGUUUGCUCAAGCGCUACCCCGAGACGCUCACUCCACGCCCUACUACUACGCCAGGCCUCAGACCCUGCCCCUGAACUACCAGGACCGCAGCGUCCCGCCGGCCCAGAGCUCUGGCAGCCUGGGCAGCAGCGGCGUCAGCAGCAUCGGCGUGUGCGCCCUCAGCGGCCCGACCCCGACGCCUCAGCCUCUCCUCCCGGGACAGUCUCACCCAGCUCCGGGCGUGGGAGAUUGUCUUCGACAGCAGCUGAGCUCACGUCUUGCAUGGACUUUAACUGCAAACCAGCCUUCUUUACAAACCACUACCUCGAAAGGUGUCCCCAGCGCUGUUUCUCGCAAUGUGACGAGGCCACGGAGAGAAGGGGAUGCAGGUGGUGCUGUGGAAGUUGCCGAGGCAGCCCUAGUCAGAGAUAUUCUGUACGUCUUCCAGGGCAUAGACGGCAGAAAUGUCAAGAUGAGCAACGCUGACAACUGUUACAAAGUGGAGGGAAAGGCAAACCUAAAUAAAUCUUUGAGGGAUACGACAGUCAGACUUGCUGAGUUGGGAUGGUUACAUAAUAAAAUCAGAAAAUACACUGACCAGAGGAGCCUAGACCGUUCAUUUGGACUUGUAGGCCAGAGCUUUUGUGCUGCGUUGCACCAGGAGCUCAGAGAAUACUACCGCUUACUCUCUGUUCUACAUUCCCAGCUACAGUUAGAAGAUGAUCAGGGUGUGAAUUUGGGCCUUGAGAGUAGCUUAACGCUCCGGCGUCUCCUGGUUUGGACGUACGACCCCAAGAUAAGACUGAAGACCCUGGCGGCACUGGUGGACCACUGCCAAGGAAGGAAGGGAGGUGAGCUGGCUUCAGCCGUCCACGCCUACACCAAGACGGGGGACCCCUCCAUGAGGUCCCUGGUGCAGCACAUCCUCAGCCUGGUGUCGCACCCCGUCCUGAGCUUCCUUUACCGGUGGAUCUACGACGGCGAGCUUGAGGACACGUACCACGAAUUUUUCGUAGCAUCAGAUCCAACAGUGAAGACAGACCGGCUGUGGCACGACAAGUACACCCUGAGGAAAUCAAUGAUCCCAUCCUUCAUGACAAUGGACCAGUCCAGGAAGGUCCUUUUGAUAGGAAAAUCAAUAAAUUUCCUGCACCAGGUUUGUCAUGACCAGACGCCCACUACAAAGAUGAUAGCUGUGACCAAGUCUGCAGAAUCACCCCAGGACGCUGCAGAUUUUUUCACAGAUUUGGAAAAUGCAUUUCAGGGGAAAAUUGAUGCGGCUUAUUUUGAGACCAGCAAGUACCUACUGGAUGUUCUGAAUAAGAAGUACAGCCUGCUGGACCACAUGCAGGCCAUGCGGCGGUACUUGCUGCUGGGUCAAGGAGACUUCAUCCGGCACUUAAUGGACUUGCUCAAACCAGAGCUUGUCCGUCCGGCUACGACUUUGUACCAACACAACCUGACUGGAAUUCUUGAAACAGCUGUCAGAGCCACCAACGCCCAGUUUGACAGCCCUGAGGCCCUCAGAAGACUGGAUGUGAGGCUGCUGGAGGUCUCUCCAGGUGACACCGGCUGGGACGUCUUCAGCCUGGACUACCACGUCGAUGGGCCCAUUGCAACCGUGUUCACUCGAGAGUGUAUGAGCCACUACCUGAGAGUGUUUAACUUCCUUUGGAGGGCCAAGCGGAUGGAGUACAUCCUCACUGACAUCCGGAAGGGGCACAUGUGCAACGCCAAGCUCCUGAGAAAUAUGCCAGAAUUCUCUGGGGUGCUGCACCACUGUCACAUUCUGGCUUCCGAGAUGGUCCAUUUCAUCCAUCAGAUGCAGUAUUACAUUACAUUUGAGGUGCUGGAGUGCUCUUGGGAUGAACUUUGGAACAAAGUGCAGCAGGCCCAGGACCUGGACCACAUCAUCGCCGCGCACGAGGCCUUCCUGGACACCGUCAUCUCCCGCUGUCUGCUGGACGCCGACUCCAGGGCACUUUUAAACCAGCUGAGGGCCGUGUUUGAUCAAAUCAUCGAGCUUCAGAACACUCAAGAUGCCAUCUACAGAGCCGCCCUGGAGGAGCUGCAGAGGCGCCUGCAGUUCGAGGAGAAGAAGCAGCAGCGUGGAGCCGAGGGCCAGUGGGGGGUGACGGCCGCAGAAGAAGAGCAGGAGAGCCAGAGGGUCCGCGAGUUCCAGGAGUCGAUACCAAGGCUGUGCUCGCAGCUGCGCAUACUGACGCAUUUCUACCAGGGCAUCGUGCAGCAGUUCCUGGUGUUGCUGACGACCAGCCCCGAUGAGAGCCUGCGCUUCCUGAGCUUCAGGCUGGAUUUCAACGAGCAUUACCGCGCCCGGGAGCCGCGGCUCCGCGUGUCGCUGGGCGCCAGGGGCCGGCGCAGCUCCCACACGUGAGGCCCCGGCCCUGCCUCAGGGCGGCAGGUACCGCUGCAGGCGUCGUCACGGAAACGCUCACAUCGCAUCCUCGGGGACCGCCUGCUGCCCUCGAUCCUGGCAACCUCGACAGCCCGGCGUCGGGCCGGCGGCAGAGUCGUGCUUUCCUACGUUGGAGUUGAAUAUAUUUGUAAUAUCACUACGUUAAAGAGGCUGGCUUGCACUAUUCAAAUUUAUUUUUCAAAGUCUUCAUAUUUAAAAGAUACCACACUUUGUUGAGGCUUUUAAGCUCUCCGUGAUAUAAUUCAUAUUUGUCACUUUUUGAAAAAAACCACAGUUUCUUUUAGAGAAAAUUAGGGUGAUGGAUAUUCAUCAGUUAGGAUGGUAACAUCGUUGCUGUUUCCUUGGCAUCCUCUUCAGAGGCAAUUUUUGUUAAUGUCAUCAAAUUACAUUGAAACCAAAUGUCCCUACUAAAGAAAUAUAGAGAGCAUUUUAUUUUGGUUUUUAGUGUUGUAAAAUAUUAACCUCUGUAAGGACCUUUCUAUCAGUGCAUUUACACGUGUUCUUUUUUUCUCUUCCUUCAAAGUUUACAUUUUUAUAUUUAAUUUACUCUCAGAUAACUUGGAAAAUAGUGUAGAAAAGGAGCAGGAGUGAUGUAGACAAAACAUCCUUAAGCCUAGAUUUCUUGAACCAUCAGCUGAAUCAACAUGUAAAUAUGGAUGACUAAGAAAGGUAAUGAAGUAUUUUAUUUUCAAGAUUCUGAGAAGCAUUGGAAAGAAAUUGUCUUGAACAAUGAAGAUUUCCUUUUUCCUUGCCUAUUUUUUCAUUGUAAAUAUUUAUAUACUACUGCCCAGAUGCUGGGGGGACAUUUUUUGUAAAAAUGUCAUAUCGAGUCGCAUAAAUCUGCCUUUAUCAUGUUGCGUAAGUGAAAACUUAGAAAAUUAAAAGCGAUUAUCUUUCCGA